GGUCGGCGUGGCGCAGCCGCCGGCGGAACGCUCUCCGCAGUCGAGGACCGACCGUCGCGAGUUUUGGACGAACGAUCACGAAUAUAGCAACCAUGGUUUACGAGAGUGACUUCUACACGACGCGCCGCCCAUACCGGCCCUCCAGCUACAGUGUGUCGCCGCUGACAUCGGCCUACUACCUCUCAUCCUUUGUACCGUAUUACCAUAUCCCGUACUUCACGUACAUACCCAGGCUGUCUCAGGCGGAACUGAUUUACCGUCCAACAUCUCGCACGAUCACCCGACUCGCCACAUACCCUGAGCCACCCCACCACGUAGUUCGCGUCCGCGUGCGUCCCUCCGUCAUACUGAGGGAACUGGACCGCAUCGCGUACCGCCGCCGUCCGGCCGUCGCUGUCACCGCCUUGGACGAUUACUACAGAUCCGAAUCUACAAAGGCUUUCGAGGAUGAAACUCGACGCAUCCGUGCCGACACUGCCUCGCUUUUGCAUCGUGCUCGGUCAGUCGUGCCACGAGCAAAAUCCGUAGCACCAUUGGACACAAUUUACUCAUACUCCUAUGGAGAGCCAGUUCCUUACCGCUUCAGCAAUGACGCAUACGUCGCAAAGCUUCUACUGCCUCUGCGUAGUGUUACGGACAGCAUUCAUAACAUUUCCUUCUACUCAGAGCCAGCCAAAAAGUUCACAGGACGCGGCCACCUUGCGUGCGUGCACUAUUCCGGUAAAAAGGCGUUCCCCAACCGCAGGCCGCUCUACCCACUCUACAAGGAACUUAGCAUCAGGGACGACGUGAAUCUUCUAUCGUUUUACGCGAAGAAUAGACUCGCGGCCGCUGGUUUGGCCGUCGAGAAGGGCACAGUGAAACUCCUACCCUGGAGACCGAGCCGCAAGUUCCAGACACCUACGAUGAUGGACGACCCUGAGCUAGAGUUGAAAGCUGCAAAAGCAGAACGUGCAGCUAGAUUCCGUGCUACCACCGCUGAACCAGUUCUCACACCAUCUGCGGAUUUGGCUGGAAUUAAAAAGAAACGGCAAGAAGAAGCUCGACUUGCUGAAGAGAAGGCUUUGAAAGAAGAAGCUAAACGUGAAGCUGAACGCAAAGCUCAGGCAGAACGAGAAGCUGCUGAAAGGAGGAGGCAAGAAGAAGAAGCACGAAGAGCUGAAGAAUUGAAACGUCAAGCUGAAGAAGAAGCAAGGAUAGCUGAAGAAGAGUCUCAGAAGGCACAGGAGGAGGCAAAGAAAGCAGCAAAGGAAGCUGCAAGGAAAGCUGAAGAAGAACGUUUAGCAGUAGAAGCCAAGCUAGCCGAAGAAGCUCGCAAAGCAGAGGAGGAAAGGCUUGCAGAGGAAGCACGUUUAGCUGAGGAAGCCCGAAUCGCUGAAGAAGCCAGAUUAGCAGAAGAAGCGAAGCUAGCUGAAGAAGCGAGACAGGCCGAAGAAACUAGACUUGCAGAGGAGGCAAGAUUAGAGGAAGAGAGGAUGGCUGAACAAAGGAGACAAGAGGAGCUAGCCAAAUUGGAAGAGUUAGAACGUCAGGCGCAAGAAGAACGUGAAGCUGAACUUGCAAGACAGGCAGCAGAAUUAGCAGAAAUCGCAAGACAAGAAUCUGAACUUGCUGCUGCGCGUUUGGAAGAGCUUUCACACAGUGUUUCUGCUGGUGACAACACCACUGAAGUCGAAUCAAGUGACCAACAAGAUGAGGAACCUAUUGUAGAAGAACCUGACAGUCCAGUAGCAGUUUCAGAACCACCAGUAGAAUCACAAGAUGCUGAAGAAGUCAGCGAAGACGAAAUGGCGGAACCUGAUGUAACAGAUGAAGAAUAAACCAAUCUAAGCGUGAUCUUGAUUUUGUAAUCUAACAAUUGACUAUAAUAACCAAAUAAUUACUUUCAAGUUUCAUUUCAUAAAGGUAAAUUUUCACCAGUUAAGUUUGUAUAGUUGGUACAAAAACUGUAUUUACCAUAGUAAUUGUAAUACCAGCUCAUACAAAGACAAAUAUAAUUAAUAUACCUACUGGACCAUU